AUGCCGUAUACCAUGUUGAAGGAUGAGCUGGUGAAACGAACAUCCAUGUCCGAGCAGAAACGCUUACACCAACUUUUAACCCCCGAGGAACUGGGGACCCGAGGCUGCGCGCAGCUGCCGUUCCCCCUGCUCAUUCAAACCUUCAGGAAACGCCAAGGCCAGCAAAUAGAUGCGACGACUUCGACUGGCAUUUUGGAGGAAAGUUACCUAUUUCAUGUUUUUGGCAAUUAUCACGCAUUAUCAUGCUCUACUAUUGAUUAUGCAGUGAUGGCCAAUGCACAGCAGAUGGAUGGAGAAUUGCAGGAGCAAAGUGUUAAUCCUGUGUUCCAACACCUACAGGAGAGAGCUUCGGCGAUGGACAUCAUUGCGAUUGUGAUUGGUGGUUUGAAACCACUGUGCUGGCAACCUAAACGGAAGGUGCAGCUACCUCCUGAUGCUGUGACUGCUUUUCAUGCGAUAAAGGCAGCAUUGUCUACGGCAUCCCUCUUGUUUCACCCUCGGGCAGACGUUGAUCUCUGCUUAGUUGUUACAUCGGAUUUUGCAUUAGGUGGUGCUCUUCAACAGCUGGUCGAUGGAGUUUGGUCGCCUCUCGACCAUAAACCCCUUACAUUUGCACUUCGUACAAGUUCCGACAGAUACUCCCCCAGGGAAAUCCGUCAUUUAGACUUUAUUUCCCAGUACACUAGCGACUUACGGCAUGUUAAAGGAUCGCAGAAUGAAUUAGCAGACGCAUUAUCCCGCAUUACUAUUAGUGCCCUUUCUACUAUUGAUUAUGCAGCGAUGGCCAGUGCACAGCAGAUGGAUGGAGAAUUGCAGGAGAGUACUAUUGUGUGUGACAUGACUACAGGACACCCUCGCCCUUUUGUCCCUCAGAUUAUGCGUCGCACUGUUUUUAAUGCAUUACAUUCAUUGUCCCAUACCGGUGUUCGGGCUACAUUGAAAUUAGUUAGUAACCGUUACGUGUGGCCUGGUAUGAACAAGGAUGUCCGUCAGUGGGCAAAAUCAUGUUUGCAGUGCCAGAGGUGUAAGGUGCAUCGACAUUUCAUAGCUCCUUUAGGUACAUUCAGUUCCCCAGACGUUAGGACCAUGUCCAUAUCGAUCUUGUCAGACCCCCUCCCCUCUUCAGAGAGCGUUACAUACCUUCUAACAUGUAUCGAUCGUUUCACAAGCUGGCCGGAACCGGUUCCCAUCACCAAUAUUACAGCCGAGACGGUUGCUAAAGCUUUUGUUUCCACUUGGGUUUCACGGUUUGUUGUUCCAUCAACACUUACUACCGAUCGAGAUAGGCAGUUCGAAUUUGCUUUAUUUAAUUCUUUAGUUGGUUUCUUAGGAACUCGGCGCAUACGCACCACCGCUUAUCACCCCAUAGCCAACGGAUUAGCGGAGCGGUUCCACCGUCAGUUGAAGGUGUCAUUAAAGGCCCAAGACGCAGUUAAGUGGACGGAGUCCCUACCUUUAGUCAUGCUUGGUGUUCGUACUAUCAUUAAGAAAGAUUUAGGUUGCUCACCAGCUGAGCUUGUGUAUGGUGCUUCGAUAGCUUUACCUGGAGAGUUUGUUUCGCCUUCUCCGCCUUCGGGUGACUUGAAUCCUGCCGACUAUGCUGACAGAGUUAAGCAGAUUUUCCAGCACGUUGCAUGUACGCCUACGAGGGUCCACCGGCGACCCUCCCAGUUGCAUAAGGAUUUGUCUUCUUGCUCCCAUAUUUGGUCCGUGUUGACCGGGUACGUACGCCACUGCAGCCCCUUAUCGUGGUCCAUUUCCAGUUUUGAAGCUCGGCGACAAGCAUUUUGUAUUGGAUAUCAAUGGCCGUCAGGACACCGUCAGUAUAGAUCGUCUUAA